AUGACUGUCCGCUUAGAAUCUCAUACCAUGCAAAGCCACGCCAAGAACCCCGGGCAGGCCUCGGAACCCGGUGACGCCGACGCCAAGUCAAGAGCUCAUCCUACCCAGGUCCGCUUUUCGUCCAUCACUGAGGAAAUUGAACCAUCACGGUCGGAAUUGUCCCCUGUACCUGAGCAAGUGCCACAGCACCCAAACGGACACACGGUACCUACCGACGAGGAGCAAUUACGGUCGCUGGCGAUGUCCCUGCAGGGCACCCAGCUUCAGGAGUCGCGUCUACGGAAUUUCUCCUUUGACCCCAUGUCUCUUCCGUCCUCCAGGGUUGCGUCUCGAGACUCGAGCGAUCGUAGCGGGCAUCUCACCGGUGCCUUUACAUCUCCACAUGCCUCUCCGCCCGUCUCCGCCGUGCAGUCGCCCCCUCUAACCCCGGCUGCAACCCAUUCCCGCGAAGGCAAAACCAGCGAUAUUACUUCUGCGAAUGGCCCCAGUCGACCCCACGUGCACACACAUUUCACCCCCGAACCAUCUCCCCCAGUUGGAUCCACCGACAUGCACGGCACGCCCAGACCCAUUUCAUCCUCCCGACCCUCGUCCACCGAUCAUCUGCCCACCAGACAAAGCGAAGGUUCCGACCGACCUCUUAAUGCCAACCAACUGCCCAGACAUCGUGCGCAAUUCUUUAUCGGGCACGAUUCCCAGGAAGAAAGCCCGCCCCCUACCCCAAGAGACUCCAUCACCCCGCCCGGGGCUAUGACCCCUGCCGGCGAACCUAAUGACCCAUAUGCACGCCACAAGCGGCCGCCUCAAAGCAACAAUCUCUCCCAGUUGGACCCCCGGUUCAUCUUCAGUGGUCGGGAUGCUAAGCGAUCAUUCCGUCCGGCAACUCCUCGGUCCACCAGCGCAAGUGACCUAAGCAAACCCAGCGAGAAGCGGAGCAUAUUCAGCCAUAGCAAGAAAGAUCACAGCAAUGACAAGCACAGCCACGGUCUUUCACAUCAUCAUGGCUCUAUGUCUGAGCUGAAGCGGUUUUUCAAGAUGGGCCAUCGCAGCAAGCGAUCCGAGUCCCCGACCUCUAUGCCAAAGAAGUCGAGUCGAUCAUCUGGAAAGUCCACUCCCCCAUAUCAGAUGGCUCCGGACAAUGUUCCAUUUGCGGAUGAUCAUGGGCUGAAUUCCAAGUAUGGAAAAAUGGGCAGAGUACUUGGGUCUGGCGCCGGUGGCUCCGUACGUCUUUUGAAGCGCAACAGUGACGGUGUGACUUUUGCUGUGAAGCAAUUCCGAGAUCGUCACAGUUGGGAGAGCCUGAAAGAGUAUUCCAAGAAGGUGACUGCGGAGUUCUGCAUUGGCUCCACCUUGCACCAUGGCAAUAUCAUCGAGACACUGGAUAUUAUCCAAGAAGGUCCUCAUUGGUAUGAGGUCAUGGAAUAUGCGCCGUUCGAUCUGUUUGCCAUUGUGAUGACAGGCAAAAUGAGCAAGGAGGAGAUUGCUUGCUCUUUCAAGCAGAUCCUGAGCGGCGUGGCAUACAUCCACGGCAUGGGUCUGGCCCACCGUGAUUUGAAGCUGGAUAAUGUGGUGGUCAAUGACCGUGGCAUUAUGAAGCUCAUUGAUUUUGGAAGUGCAGUCGUCUUCCGCUAUCCUUUUGAGGACGACAUUGUCCUUUCUUCUGGCAUUGUCGGCUCGGAUCCCUAUCUUGCUCCUGAGGUCUACGAUGAGAAGAAAUAUGACCCCCGCCCCACGGAUGUUUGGUCGCUGGCGAUCAUCUUCUGCUGCAUGACAUUACGCCGCUUCCCAUGGAAGCAACCGCGCACAACCGACAACUCCUACAAAUUGUUUGUUGCCACUCCGACACCGGGCACCAUGGGUCCGGACUCCGACCCUCGCCGUAAGCCUAGAUCGAGCCCCGAUCUUCCCUCUCAGGGCCAGGAGAACAGGCAUAUUACUCCUGGCUCGAGCGGACCUUCAGACCAUUCCGGAACGGAGCAGAAUGGGAAUGCAAACGGCAGCAAGCCAGAUUCCCCGCAGGAUCAGGGCGAUCGCUCUCCCGACACUGCACAGAAGCAGAUCAGCGAAACCAGCAACGCCCCCAGUGACAAACCUCCUGAAAAACCCACCCGCACAACCAGCAAGGAGGCACCCCCGCUUCCCCCCGGAUCCGCUCAGGCUUCUGCCCAGCGCCAGGAAGUUAUCAAGGGCCCAUGGCGACUUCUCCGAAUCCUGCCGCGGGAAAGCCGGCACAUCAUAUCUCGCAUGCUGAAGGUCAACCCGAAGGAACGAGCGACACUUGACGAGGUUUUAUCGGACGAGUGGGUGAGAAGCAUCAUUGCAUGCUCACAGGAUGGAACUGGAGAGAUUAUCAGCGCCCCGGGUCAUACACACGUUCUGGAGCCCCCGUCCCAGAGCCCGCCGGUGGCUAGCAGAGCUAACAGGGCCAGGUAA